AGUACUAAAGCCCAGAAACAAAAGGAGGGUUUAAAGUGAAAGAAAAGACUCGAAGAAACAAGAACAAUAUAAAUAAAAUAACCUUAUUAUCUCAGAAUUCCGAUUCCUUAAAUCUUGUCCCCCCGGACCAGUGCUGUCGCGUCGCCGUCAUCCACUUCCAUUGAGUGAUGUACAGCCAAAGGGAUGUGUCGAGCUGCAACACCUACAACUAUGGCGAUGCUCUGUAUUGGGACACUCGCUACAUCCAAGAAGGUGGUUCCUUCGAUUGGUAUCAGCGUUACUCUUCUCUCAGACCCUUCGUUCGUCAUUGCUUCCCUCUUUCCUCUACCCUCCUCAUGGUUGGUUGUGGCAAUGCCGUUAUGUCUGAGGAUAUGGUCAGAGAUGGUUAUGAGGACAUCGUGAAUAUUGAUAUUUCAUCAGUUGCCAUUGACAUGAUGAGAAGAAAAUAUGAGUACAUCCCUCAGCUGAAAUACAUGCAGAUGGAUGUCAGGGAUAUGAGCUACUUUCCAGAUGAAUCUUUUGAUGGUGUAAUUGAUAAAGGAACUCUUGAUUCAUUGAUGUGUGGUACUGAUGCUCCAAUUAGUGCUUCUCAGAUGCUUGCAGAAGUGUGUAGACUUCUGAAACCUGGAGGUUCUUAUAUGUUGAUUACAUAUGGUGAUCCAACAGUUAGGAUGCCUCAUCUAAGCAAGCCUGUAUACAAUUGGAAAAUUACAUUGUACAAUAUCCCAAGACCAGGAUUUCAAAAGCCUGAAACAAGUACUUCAGCGAGAAAAUCAUACUUGGAGCCCAUCCCCCUCACUGAAAAGGGGUCACUUCCAACAGAUUGGGUUAUGGAAGAUCCAGAUUCUCACUUUAUAUAUGUUUGUAGAAAGAUAAUUGACACAGAGAUUGACAAUGUACCCUCAUACAAAUUAACAACUGAUGUUGCAUUGAAUCACUGGUGAAGGUAGUAUUAUCCUCUUCACAAAAACUUUGAUGUGCAUCAUAGUCAUUUAAGAGGUUGCUAUUGUCAUCAUUACCCCUGGGAGAAGUUACCACCAUCAAUGGGACUUAUGUUUGUAAUAGCAUUUUGUUUUCAUCAUUUAGAGUAGUGAGGUUAGCUUGUAGUGAUUUUAAUACUAUAAAAGUCUAUGGGGGAAAUCAGACAAAUUGACUGAUCAA